CGACUGUGUGUCAGAAGACAAAGUCCUUCAGGAAUCAUGAAGGUUUUCUUCCACUACCAGAGGUUCAGAUUCAUCUGGCUUGCUAAGCCAGCUGGCCGGCACUUCCACAGGAAUCACCAGUUUUGCACACCUCUGACUCUUGCUGACUUUGAAGCUAUAAACCGCUGUGAGAAGCCAUUGCCCAAGAACUUUAACUUUGCUGGAGAUGUGCUGGACCAGUGGUCCCAAAAGGAGAAGUCGGGGGAGAGACCAGACAGUCUAGCCCUGUGGUGGGUGACUGGCAAAGGAGAUGAGGUGAAAUGGAGCUUCAGAGAACUGGGUUCCUUGUCCCGAAAGGCUGCCAAUGUGCUCACCAAGUCCUGUGGCCUGCAGAGAGGAGACCGAGUGGCUGUGAUUUUGCCUCGCAUCCCUGAGUGGUGGCUCAUCAAUGUGGCUUGCAUGCGAACAGGGCUUGUCUUCAUGCCGGGAACAAUCCAGCUGACAAGAAAAGACAUCCUCUACCGCCUGCAAAUAUCCAAGGCCAAGUGCAUUGUGGCCAGUGAGGAAGUGGCCCCCACAGUGGAGUCUGUUGUGUCAGAGUGCCCCAAUCUGAAGACCAAACUUCUGGUGUCUCCACAAAGCCAAAAUGGAUGGCUAAGCUUUCAGGAGCUAUUUCAAUCUGCCUCUGAAGAACACAGCUGUGUGGAAACAGGAAGUCAUGAACCAAUGGCCAUUUAUUUCACCAGUGGGACCACAGGCUCCCCUAAGAUGGCUCAGCACUCACAAAGCAGCCUUGGCAUUGGGUAUGCCCUUUGUGGAAGAUAUUGGCUGGACCUGACAUCCUCAGAUGUCAUGUGGAACAUGUCAGACACUGGCUGGAUCAAGGCUGCCAUUGGUAGUGUGUUUUCUACUUGGCUUCGCGGUGCCUGUGUUUUUGUGCAUCGGAUGGCCCAGUUUGACACUGACACCUUCCUAGAUACACUUACCACCUAUCCCAUCACAACCCUGUGCAGUGCUCCUACCGUGUACCGGAUGCUUGUACAAAAGGACCUCAAAAGAUAUAACUUCAAGAAACUACGACACUGCUUGACAGGCGGGGAGCCGCUCAACCCAGAGGUGCUGGAACAGUGGAAGGCACAAACCGGGCUGGAGCUGUACGAGGGCUAUGGACAGACUGAAGUGGGAAUAAUUUGUGCAAAUUCCAAAGGACAAGAAAUUAAACCAGGCUCCAUGGGGAAAGGAGUAUCACCCUAUGAUGUCCAGAUUAUAGAUGAAAACGGCAAUAUCCUACCAUCUGGCAAAGAAGGGGAAAUUGCCCUCAGGCUCCAGUCUACUCGGCCCUUCUGCUUCUUCUCUGAAUAUGUGGAUAAUCCAGAGAAAACCAAUGCCACAAUAAGAAGAAAUUUUUAUGUCACUGGAGAUAGAGGAGUGAUGGAUAGUGAUGGAUAUUUCUGGUUUGUUGGCAGAGCUGAUGACGUCAUUAUAUCUUCUGGGUAUCGUAUUGGGCCAUUUGAAGUGGAAAGUGCACUGAUAGAGCACCCAGCAGUAGUUGAGUCAGCUGUCGUCAGUAGCCCAGAUCCGAUCCGAGGAGAGGUAGUGAAAGCUUUUGUCGUUUUAUCUGCACCCUUCAAGUCCUCCAACCCUGAAACGUUAACUAUUGAACUUCAGGAUCAUGUGAAAAAAUCAACAGCACCUUACAAAUACCCAAGAAAGGUGGAAUUUGUUCAAGAACUUCCAAAGACAAUCACUGGAAAAAUCAAACGCAAUGUGCUAAGAGACCAGGAAUGGGGCCGAGCCUAGCUAGCUGAGAACAUGGCAAGACUACAUAGUAAAAUAGCUGCUUUCAGUACUUUCUUCCUGAUAAUUCCGUGGCUGCUCUUUAAAUGCUUUAAUAUUUGAUUUUUUUUUCUUUUUCUGGUAGAAAAUGCAACUGAGUUUCUCUUUUGUUCUCAGCCAAAUAAUAAAAAAAAAAUAAAAUCUAAACAUAUUUCAGGGUGUGUUAUAAUAACCAAACCAACAAAGAUAAUGAUUCUCAGUGUUUAUAAAAAGGCACUGGAGUCAAAUGACUACAGACAGAAGGGCAAUAUCAAAUCAUCUGUGCUUCAUUUAUCUUUUCCUAAUUAAUUAAAAAUAAAGAUGAACUAGUCUAAGAUCAAUGUUCAAGACAGUAUCUCUUCUGCUCAAUUAAGUCAUCAUGAAAUCAACAUUUUGAGGCAGAUUACAAUACUAAUGUUACAGUGAGGAGUAUGAGCAGCUCAAAGGCCAGUAAGUGAACUUAGUGAAAUUAGUACGGGACUGGUGCUCAUGCUGAAGCAAAUCCUGCAAAAUAUUUAAAAUUUGUAUUAUUUGGAAGUACAAAUUAUUCAUGAAUAAAAUUUUAGUGUCUUAAUUUUUUGAAUACAUAACCUGACAAGAAAGCAUUUUUAUGAUAAAUGCACUAUUUAUGUAGGAAGAGAUUUCCUACAGGAAGAAAGAAAAUACAGGACAACAACAUUUAUUUUGAUUUUUUAAAAUAUUAGGAACUUUUAAAACAACCUGAACAUUUGGCUGUACUGAGAACAAAAUGGAAGUAAAAAUAUUUGAAAAUUGUGUUUAGCCUUAGAGAAACAUGUUUUAAAAUAUCAAGUUUAACUCUUCGACCUAUAAAGCAAAACAAGCUCACCAACCCACAACACUGGAAUUGUUUCUUGCUUAUUUUUUGUUUAAGAAAAAGUAGCUCUCAUUUCCUACCCUGGAACCAUUUAUAAAAUAAUAUGCAAAACACCAGUGAAAACAAAGCUGAAAAAUCUGAAAGAAAAUCCCUCAGUAAGUGGAUUUAGAGCCCAAUAGCACACAGUACUGCACACACGACAGAGCAGCCUGUGUCAUACUCAGGUCUUACUAAAUACAAAUACGUACCAAAGGUAAUAAAAAACAAAAUAGAAUUCAAAGUCUUCCUGUACAUCAGCAGCUUCUCAACACAAAGGAACUGGCUAGUUCUAGAGCUUUGUAUUCUACGAGCAUAUUGCCAAUUUAUUCCCAGAGCCCCUUGGUCUUCCACCAGUAAAAUGAAAGUGCUGUUACCUUAAAGCAAGUCUGAAGGCACCAAGCUCCAAUUCUCCCUGUUCCCCCAAAUGAUACUAGCAUUUUCAGCCUUUCAAGACAGCUUCGAUCUCAGAUCUAAGUUAACAUGUGAAGACACCUAAGGAAGUUGAGCCCCAUCUACAUUAGCAAGGUCCUACCUGUUCUGUCUGCUACCCCCAAAUCCUUUUAGUCUGGCUUAGCAAGAAGGCCUCUAGCUAUGAGGAGAAAUAAAUUCUCAUGUCACUACUUGUUUACAUAGCCACUUGUGCCAGGAACCUUAACAUGCAUACUACUUCCUAACUGUUCUAAGUAGAUUUAAGAACAAACCCAAUUUCCAAACUAAUGUUACAGCCUGGUAAUGUUCUCAGUCCAGGCAGCAUAUGUGGCAGUGCUCACUGGUCACUUCCAGCCUUCUUCAGUCUCUUUACUUGUGAGGAACUCUUGAAAGCACUUUUAAAAUCAGGAAAACUCCUGCUAGGAACCGUCACGGUAUAACAUAAGUCCCAGGUUGAAGGACAGUCUUCUCAUAAAAUGCAGAACCGUUAGACUAGAAUGGAAUUCUUUCACCCUUCAAAGUGGAAAGAGGAGAAAAUGCUACUUAAUUUGUUUUCCAAGUGGGUUUUCUUAAAACUUGAGACUUUUAUAGCUUCGUUCUCAAGUGUGAGUUGCUGCAGAAACUUUCAAGAGUUCCUUUGACAACAAUAACCUUCCAGAGUCAAUUUCCUUCCUAAAACCUAAGAUUCUUGUUACUUUUGAGUGGAAAAAAAAAAAAAAAAAACCCUUCUCUGGCUUUUACA